GUGACUUCCUGUCCAAGCACUCUAUUGUUCUUUAUGAGGAUUUUCAAAUCUUAUUUUGGAGGUUAAAAAAAAACGCGCCGAUGGUGCCGGCUCUGCCCAGGCGGCGCUUCCUCUCGCUUUUCCCACUUGUUAUUCCAUCUGGGGGAAGGAAGAUGUCGGGGGAGGAGGUCGACGACGGCCGCCGGUGGCGUCUUCGCGAUGUUGAGAAAUCUCAGCAAGUUCAUCGUAGAUAUAGUGUGGGACUCGUUUAACACAACUUAGCAAGCCUGGUGUGCACAGAACAAGGAUACAAGCUGUAAGGUUGACUGCCUGUAAUAUGGUAUCCUGACAGUUCCUAGCAACGUAUCGUGGAGGUACAGUGCUGUGACUGUUGCUUGCUGAGAUGGUAUUUCUUCAUACUGUGACGGCUCUGUUGUUGGGAGAAGAUUUAAGGAUGUCUAAGUUAAAGCAGUACAGCAGGCCAAGGAUACUACAACCAGAGUAUUUCUGAGAGCUUUUAAAGCCAUGGAUAGGUGUAAGCACGUAGGGCGUCUGCGACUCGCCCAAAAUCACUCCAUAUUGAAUCCCCAGAAGUGGCAUUGCAUGGACUGCAACACCACUGAAUCUGUUUGGGCCUGUCUUAAAUGCUCCCAUGUGGCAUGUGGCCGCUACAUUGAGGAGCAUGCACUCAAACACUUUGAGGAAACUAGGCAUCCUUUGGCUAUGGAGGUCAAUGAACUUUAUGUCUUUUGUUAUCUUUGUGACGACUACGUGUUGAAUGACAAUGCUACAGGGGAUUUAAAACUGUUGAGAAGCACUUUAAGUGCAAUAAAGAACCAAAAGUGCAGUCCGAUGGCACGCAAUGGCAGGGCAUUGCGGUCAAUGGCUUGUGGGGAAUCUCCUUGUUCGUUUCAGAAGAACAAAAAAGGGCAGACUCAUAGUACAGAGCAGAUGUUCACUGCUCUUUGGCACAGACGCCAGUCUUUGCUAACAAAGGCAAUGCGCAUUUGGUUUGAACAAACAACCAGCGGUAAACGUAGAUUGGAAGAAAAGCGGCUGCAGGAGGAAAUAGACAGAAGAAAGGAGGAAGCAAGGAAGCGCCGACAGGAGCUAAAGCGUAAAUUCAUGGAGGAGCUUGUUAACGCUCCACCUCGGAAAAGUGCAAGGAUUUUAUUUCAAAUCCGGAAGGAGGACCAUAUCUCAAAGUGCAAAAAACCAACUGGAAAAAAGGUGCUACAAACUGCCCCUACCUCAAAACGACAAAGGAACAAAAUUAAGCGGUAUUAUGCUACCAAGCGUAAACCAGUGGUAACUCCUGGUGUUACGGGUCUAAGAAACCUUGGUAAUACCUGCUACAUGAACUCCAUCCUGCAAGUACUCAGUCACUUGCAAAAGUUCAGAGAGUGUUUCUUAACCCUUGAUCUCUGUGAGACUGAAGAACUAUUAGCAAGGACCACAAAUGGCAAAACGCGAUUGUCCAACAAGGUCACACUGGGGAUUAGUCCUGCAUCGUGCAUAGCAGGAAGAAAUGAUCAUGUGGGAACUUCAGGGAGAUACAGUAUGCCAGCAGGUUUGAACGGAGGUGCCUCUAUGGCCAGGAACCUGGAACUUAUUCAACCCAAGGAGCCUAGUUCGAAGCACAUCUCUCUUUGCCAUGAACUUCACACACUCUUUCGAGUAAUGUGGUCUGGGAAAUGGGCUUUGGUAUCCCCGUUUGCUAUGUUGCACUCUGUAUGGAGCCUCAUCCCAGCAUUUAGGGGAUAUGGUCAGCAAGACGCUCAGGAAUUUCUUUGUGAAUUACUGGACAAAGUGCAGCAGGAGCUGGAAUCGGAAGGCACAAAGCACAGGAUCCUUAUUCCUUUCUCUCAAAGGAAGCUCACCAAGCAGGUUCUCAAGGUGGUGAACACCAUCUUUCAUGGGCAGCUGCUCAGUCAGGUAAACGAAAAUGACAGUGUGUGCAGUCUUAUUUUAAUUUAA